AUGGCGGACACUGCCUCGAAGCAUCGAGCUGAGUUUGCCUUUGCUCAGCUUGAGAACGAGAGAUCUCUGACAUCUCUUCGUGACGAGCUAAGGGUAGCUCGUGGGAUUGUUGAUCGGUCUCGGGAUGAGAUAGCUGCUCUUCAGACCCUUGUUGAUGCCCACCAUCGGGAGCACAAGGCUCUCUGCGAGAUGCUUGAGCGCAAGGGCGUUCUUCAUCGGAAGAAGCAGCGUACUGAUGGUACGGCUUAA